AUGAACAAUUUGAUUAUUUGUGGUUCUUUAUGUGCCUAUUUAACUAUUUUUCUUCUUUCUGUGGAUACUAGAAUGGUCAGCAUACGACGUUUUGAACAGUUUUGCUAUGCAAAAGUUUGGAUUCUUUGUUUUGGUUUUACCCUCGCUUUUGGUUCAAUGUUUAGUAAAACAUGGCGUGUUCAUUCAAUUUUUACUAAUAUUAGACGUGACAAAAAAGCAAUAAAAGAUUCCAAACUUUAUUUAAUUGUUGCUUGUUUGUUGGCGAUGGAUGGGGCAGUUUUGCUUUUAUGGGCGUUGAUUUCACCCUUUAGAUUGUCUUUAGCUGAACGAGGACAGUUUGUUAGUUUGUUUGAUUUUUUGGGUAACUUUCAUGAUAUAAAUUUCUGUUUGAGUUAG